CACACUUGCACCCAUGGGAAGCCGCCCCACCCCUGGACUCCAGAGGACUACAUCAGCUGGGUACCCACAGCCUUCAACCAGGCCUCCAGCCUCAGUCCCGUCCACUGCCCCAGGAGGCCCUGUGGUGGGCAGGGGUCCCGCGGGUGGCCCCCAGGCCCCAAAGGCCAAGCGGUCAGCCCUGGGGGCUGAGGGUGUGCAGCGGGACCAGCUGUGGAGGGAGCUGCUGGAGGCCGAGAAGAGGAGCCAGCAGCGCUGGGCUCAGAACUGGAGUUUCCUGAAAGACUAUGACCCCAUGGGUAACAAGAAGGAGCCCGUGAAGCUGCCAGACUACGUGCCUCGCUUCUCUGACACUGUCCCCAGUUCCACGAACCGGGCCGUGGGCAGCCGGGUGGACACUCCUGUGGGGAAAACCCUCAUCGGCCUUGACUUCUUCUUCAUGGAAGGAGCCCGGAAGAAGAAGCUGGAAGAGGAGCUGCAGCCCAUCUAGGAGGAGGGCUGGGCGGACGCUGCUGGGGAGCCAUCACCAAAGCCUCAGCCAGCAUCCCACACAAGCCGGGGGUUAGGAGCACUGACCAUUGAGUCGGGAUCCUGCUCCUGGCUCUAGGCACCUGCAGUCUUUGGCAGGUCACUGGAGCCUCCGGGCCAUUUCCCCAUCUGUGAUGUGGUGUUUCCAUCAGUGCUGUAACAGGUGACCACAAA